CCAAUAGAAACCUUGGGUUGGGGUUUACCUAUUUACCAGAUGGAAAUUUAUAGCAAGAAUAUCAGGCAUUCUCUUGUUGGAAGUGGUUGAAAAACGUGUUAAUGCUGUUUUAAAUUUGGAAGCUCACUUUAGGCAUGCUGGGUCUAAUGGGAAAAGAUGGUAGACUAGGAAAACAGGAAACGUGAAAAAUAAUGGCCCUGAGGAAAUGGCUUUAAACUCAGAGAAAUGUUAUUAACCAGUCAAGAAAUCUUUAGUAUUUAUCUCACUCUGUAUUCUAGAAACAAAGGAGCCAGAAAAAAAAUCAUCUUUAUCAUCUUCAAACUUCUAAUAUAUUUAGGGAGAUAGGAUCUAUAAAAAGAAACCAUUGAAGAAUGAUAGUAGCAAGGGAUUUGCUCUAAGUAAGGGCCAGGAUAUUCUCUCCUCUCAGAGUACUUCCCCUCUCCUCUCAGCCUAGUGAACUUUUGUUAAUUUUUAAAAGCUUGCACCAUAUCUUUUCUCCCAAAAAACUUUCUCUGAAUUUCCCACCAGACACUUGUGUCCUUGGACAAUGAACCCUUGGAACUUGACCUAUGGUGCCAUAUAUUGUGGGUUUUUGUCGGGGGGGCGGGAAUUAUUUAACUUCUGAUUAAAUUUUAAGUUUCCUGACUUGUAGAACUGAGAGAUGGAAGAGAUUAAUAUGAACUGGAGUUCAGGGGGAACUUUUUGUGAAGGAAAUGGGAUUUUACUUAACCUUUAAAGGAUAUAUAGGAUUAGAAAUUUUCUGUAGCACACUGUCCAAUAUGUAACUACUAGCCACUUGUAGCUAUUGAGCACUUGGAAUGUGACUAGGGCAACUGAAGAUUUUUAAUCUCAGCUAAUUACCGCAUGUAACUAGUUACUACCUAGAAGAUCUAGACUUUGGCUUAUCUAUUUUCACUCUAUUUUUUUUAUGUGUAGAAUCCGAAUCCAUAUCUGGACGGUGAAAUCUAGAUUAUUUUUCAAUAACUGGUUGUUUGUCCCUUAUUGGAUGACUACUUUCUCCUUUGGAAAUAAGCAGUAUGGAUAAGAUAAUCUCUAGAGAGGCUUGGGGGGUAAUAGUUUUAUGGCAGAUUUCACUCAUCAUGCACAACUGAGGUGUGCGUAUGUGUGUGUAUAUACAAGCACACUUAUUAAAAGGCAAACUUGCAAUCCUUUUUCUCUAUUGUUGAGUUUCUCUUACCCUUUCCUUUCAGUUCCAGGUCUGAGGCUUCUGUGCACUCAUGCGUUUUCAUUUUACUAGCCCUUUACUGUUUUUCUCCAAGCUCUCUCAUUCCUCAACUCACCUCACCUUUUAGCAGCAUGCCCGCCUGUAAUGGGAGCAGAAGUGUUUGACCCACAGGCAGGAGAUUACAUCUACUAUGUGAUAACAGUGUAUUCCCUGCAAAAAUGGGUAAGAAUCAGGGAGACUAAUGUAAUGGCCCAGGAUUAGGGUCAGGGAACAGUCAGACACUGGGGAGAUUUGAAACACGGCAAUGAGAUAAGAGGGGCAAACAACAAGGGAGAUGUGGGGACAGGAGAGGGUCGAUGGUUAUAUGCCACUUAAGAGGUUCGUGUGCAUUUCUUCAUCCACAGAAACCUAUAAGAGUUUGGGACUACAAGGCUGUGGCCAGGGUUCACAAACUUUAGGGAAUGUGAAAAAUCUAAGCAGAUAAAUAAAACUGAUUUCCCUUACCUUCUUGCCUUCCCGCAAUUUUCACACCUUGGCCAUGUCCUGCCUGUUAAGUAUGCUACUGGGCACUCCUACUUACACCUCCAGGUGCCCAUGCAGAUACCCUGUGUCCUCAAUCCCUAACCAGCCUUUGUCUUGGCCCUAUCUACUUUUGAGUCACCUCUAUGUCCUAAAUCAAAUUCCAUUAUACUCUCCCCUAUUUUGUGGAAUUUUGGUGAAUUGCAAAUAUGACUGUGGGUAGUGGUGUGAGAAUGACUUUAAGGGACAUAUUUUAUUCCUGAGAUGAAGUGAGAUUAGGAGGACAGACAACUAGAAUGGCUGGAAAAUAUUUCAUCAGCAAUUCAAGAACAGAACCUAAGAGCUCAGCGAAAUGAGGUCAAUGCCAUCUCUUAUUUCUUCUCUCAUUGUGUUCCAUCGUAUUGCCUUUCCUGUCCCUCCCAAUUCUUGUCACGUACAUCUACUAUAUUUUCAUAUUUGUUACAUUCUCUUGUUUAUAGACGGAAGAUCGUCUAGGAGGCCAUGGUGAUAGGGAUAUUGCGUGUGAAAGUGAUACAACUCCUUUAGGUGACUACAGGUAAAAUGCUUUUUUAGUGAUUAUAUGGCCCUGAGAAGAAAUUGAAUGGAUAAAAAAUUUGUACAUUGUGAAUAUUCUUGAAUAAUUAAUCAUUAUAAUUCUAAGGCAUUAAUGUCCUUCUUAUUUUUGUUUCCUCUUCAUUUUCUUUCACAUGAUAACUUUAGAGCACUCUAGCUGAUAAAUCAAUGGACGGAGCAAAUCACUCUGUGGUGUCAGAGUUUGUGUUCCUGGGACUGUCCAAUUCCUGGGAGAUCCAACUUGUCCUCUUUGUGUUCUCCUCCAUGUUUUAUGUGGCAAGCAUGAUGGGAAACUCCCUCAUUGUCCUUACAGUGACUUCUGACCCUCACUUACACUCCCCCAUGUACUUUCUGUUGGCUAAUCUCUCCUUUAUUGACCUGGGUAUUUCUUCUGUCAUUACCCCCAAAAUGAUUUAUGACCUUUUCAGAAAGCACAAAGUCAUCUCCUUUGGAGGCUGCAUUGCUCAGAUCUUCUUCAUUCACCUCAUCGGUGGUGUGGAGAUGCUGCUGCUCACAGCCAUGGCCUUUGACAGGUAUGUGGCUAUUUGUAAACCUCUCCACUAUUUUAGUAUCAUGAACCCAAAACUGUGUAUUUUGCUCCAGGUUGCUGCUUGGAUAAUUGGUUUGAUCCACUCUGUGUUUCAACUAGUUUUUGUUAUAAAAUUACCAUUUUGUGGCCCUAAUGUGCUGGACAGCUUUUACUGUGACCUACCUCGAUUUAUCAAACUUGCCUGCAUAGACACCUACAGACUAGAGUUCAUGGUCACAGCCAACAGUGGGUUUAUAUCCCUGGGAUCAUUCUUCAUAUUGAUCAUCUCCUACAUUUUUAUCCUGAUCACUGCUCAGAAACACUCUUCAGGUGGCUCAUUCAAGGCUCUCUCCACUUUAUCAACUCAUAUCAUGGUGGUGAUUUUGUUCUUUGGUCCUUGCAUCUUUGUUUAUACCUGGCCUCACCCCAAAUCACACCUAGACAAAUUCCUUGCCAUUCUGGAUGGCGUUCUCACUCCUUUUCUGAAUCCAGUCAUCUACACAUUGAGGAACAAAGAGAUGAAGAUGGCAAUGAGGAGAGUAUGCAGUCACCUUCUUGUUUACAGAAGGAUUUCUUAAGUGACAAAAGUAUUAUGAAGUUUCCUUACUGUCCAGAGUAACAUUAAAUUUAUAUUAUUUCAAUAGCAGGAGUUUCCAAGUAUAUUACUUGUAUAUUAAUACAACAUGAAUUUUAAAAAUCUUAACUGAGAAAUUGUGUUGCUUGCUCA